GGUUGCAAAGCAUGAGCCUCGAGCGCAAGGUUGAAGCGAUCGCGGCCAAGGUCGAGGCCAAGAUGGAGCGGCUCGGCUCGCGCAUGGACGCGUCUAGCCACGAACUCGAGGGCAAGCUGCGCAUGGGUGUCUCGAGCGUCUUCAAGUGGGUCAAGGAAGCGUUCGGGUCCGAGGACGACCGCGUCUACGAAGCGGUGCGCGACAACAACGUGCCGGGCCUCGUGGCGCUGCUCGAGUCGCUCGCGCCGGACGCCAAGGCGCGCAUGCUCGAGUACCACGGUGCGAAUGGCCGCACGCCGCUGAUGAUGGCCUGCGCCAAAGACCACGUGCAGUGCGCCCAGAUGCUGCUGACGCACGGCGCGUUCAUUGACGCCAAGGACGACAAAGGCAACGUGGCACUGCACUACGCCUGCCUCCAAGGCUCUACGAAGGUCUUGCAGUACCUCCUGAGUCUUCCUGGCGUCUCGCCGUACCUCCAAAACCAGCGCGGCCUCUCGCCCAUGGACGUCGCGCGCAAGAACAUUGAAAACAAGGACUUUGUCGCAGCGUCUGCCCAGUGCAUCCAGCUCCUCGAGCAGCGCGCCUUGGUGUUCCAGGGCUGGGUGUACGAGAGCGUCGACAACCUCGCGUCCUCGAUCGUCGGCAUGCGCUCGCUGCAGUCAUGGACGCGCCGGUACGCACUCGUGCUGCGCGUCGGGUCGCACCAGUACCUUGAGAUGGCACUUUUCGACAUUGAGAAUGGCCAGCGCUCGCCGCUCCCAAGCUCCACGAUUAUGUUUCAAGUCGCGGGACUCGUGGCGCUCAACACCAAGGAGAAGGUCUUCAACGACAAGCCGUAUGCGUUUACGUUCCAGGGCGCACGGCGUAAGAGCGCGGGCUUCCUCGGUGCCGCCCAAACCUUUGAGUUCGCCGCCCUCGACCAGCCGUCGUUUGAUGCGUGGGCGGCCUUCAUGUCGACAGGCGCGACGUUGAUGCUGGUCGACCCGAUGCUAGCGUCCCCGCCCCUGGGGCACACGUACGCAAUGGCUGCUGUGCCGACCGCGGCCCCAUUUGUCGUGCCGGCCGCAGCCCCGACGGCGCCCCCAGCUGCUGCUGCGUCGCCGUCGAUCCUGGCCAUGCCGGUGGCCAAGUCACUUGGCGACGACGACACUCCGGUAACUGUACCGGACAUGGCGCCGCCACACUUGACGCUGGCGUCGGCACCGGCGUUGAAUGACCCGGCGCCCUCGGCACCCCCGAUGCUGACGCACAGCGCGUCCUUGCCCGAGGAGCGCGUCCCGAGCGAGUGCGUCGUGUGCUUUGACGGGCCGCAAAACGCAGUGUGUGUGCCGUGCGGCCACGCCGCGAUUUGCAUGAAGUGCGCCGACCAUAUUCGCGAGACAAGCCGGCAAUGCCCCGUGUGCCGCGCCGACGUGCGCGAAAUCAUCCAGCUCUACCAUGUCUAAGAGGUUCGUUCCCUAAUGGAUCCGUGUCUGUAUUUACACCGGCGUGGAAUUGUUUUACAAGAUAAAUCAUGGCGGGACAACCCUAC